AUGUCUAGCAGUUUCUCAGUUAAUCCUAGAGUAGAGAAAAUUGGAGAUUGCAAAGUCAACGAAGUACGGAUAAACAAUUGCCCAGAAGCUGUGUCUGGUGAACCAUGUAAAAUAAAGAGAGGACGUUCAGCUGAAAUUGAAUUCGAUUUCACACCAGAUUGUGAUGAAACAGCACACGCAGCCAUGUUCCUAGUCAAUGUUGCGUCUAGAUGUCGAAUUGCUAUGCGAUUAGCAGUUUCGACGCCGUGCUGUUCAUUACACGAUUUCGAUUCACCAACCCUGGAAGGACGAUUAUUCUGGGCUAGCGAAAUUGAUAUUCCAUUAGUCGGAAUGGAAACAGAUUCCUGCAAGUUCACCUCAUGUCCUAUUGUGAAAAAUGAAAAAAGGACUUACAAUUUCACGUUGCCAAUCUCAAGGAAAUUCCCAGCGGGUACAUACGAUGUUAAAUGGAGGAUUACUGGAACUAAGCCUGAACAAGAGGAGUGCUGUUUCCUUACACAAAUUAAACUUACAAAAUAG